UAUGCGCAUGCACUUUAAACCGGAAGAUUAACUUUCGUUUUGAAUUUUGACAAAUUUUGUUGAAGAACAGGUGUGAAGACAAGGAAUUUGUGUCAUUAUUAUUGAAUGAAUUGUCAUGUCAAUAUCAUCAAAUGACGGUUUGUUGGUUUGUGCCAUUGACUUUGGCACAACCUUCUCGGGGUACGCUUACUCCAUGAAAAGUGACUUUGAAGACAGUCCUAUGAAAAUAUCCCUCCCAGACUGGAAGGCCCCGUCAAGUAUACAGAUUUCUGAUAAGACCCCCACCACUCUUCUGCUAGACAAAUAUCAUAAGUUUGUGGCCUUUGGAUACGAAGCAGAAUCAAAAUAUGCCGAACUGACAGAAGAAGAGGAACAUCAUGACUAUUGUUAUUUCCGCCGAUUCAAAAUGGUGCUAUACAACCAACUUAGGAAGGAGGACCAGAGACUGACAAUGGAAACGAGGAUCCUAGAUAUAACAGAAAAGAAGAAUAUAUUGGCAAUUGAAGUGUUUAGCCAUUCUAUCCGAUACAUGAAGGAUCACAUGUUAGACACCGUAAGAAAGAAAGGUUUGGGAGUAAGGGAGUCAGAGAUCAAUUGGGUUUUGACUGUACCAGCUAUGUGGUCGGAUCCAGCCAAACAGUUCAUGACCAAGUCAGCAGAAAUGGCUGGUAUUCCAAGAACCAGACUCAUUCUGGCCCUAGAACCUGAGGCAGCUUCCAUAUAUUGCAGUCAUCUCCCGCUGACAAAACUUGACGGGUGUAAUGAUAUUGGUGUUUUCAAACCAGGCAGCAAGUACCUCGUUCUUGAUGCAGGAGGUGGAACAGUGGAUAUAACGGUUCAUCAAAUGGGGAAUGGAAAACUGACGGAACUGGAGAAGGCCAGUGGAGGGGACUGGGGAGGAACUUGUGUCGACAAUACUUUUAGAGAUACCCUUAUAGAAGUUGUUACUCGUUUGUAUAUGGAAGCUUUCCGAUUGAAGCAUACAGGGGAUUACAUAGAACUUUUUAGAGAUUUUGAAAUGAAGAAAAGAAAAAAAACAAAUGUUCCACAAUCUAAAGUCACAAUGAAAAUACCAGCAACAUUCAGUGAAUGGUUUGAAGAAUACAGUCAUAAAGACAUAACUGAUGCAAUUAAAGAAUCUAAAUACAGCAACAGUAUGAAAUGGGAAGGGGACAAGUUGCGUAUCACACAAGCUUUAUUUGACAGCUUUUUCCAACCUGCAUGUGCAGGAAUUAUUGAUCAUGUGAACCAUCUGUUGGAAAAACCAAAUGUGAGAGGUACACAAACAAUAUUAAUGGUCGGUGGAUUUUCUGAAUCACCUAUAUUACAAGCUCGUAUUCGUGCUGCAUUUCCCGAUUUCCGUGUUGUUGUUCCAAAUGAUGCAGGCUUGGCGGUUUUAAAAGGAGCCGUAUUAUUUGGUCAUAAUCCUUGCAUGAUUAUGACAAGAGUAGCAAAAUAUACUUACGGUUUUGCUUCAUUUGAAAAAUUCAAUAGCAAAAUGCAUAGAAAAGAAAAGAAGAUAUUAAUGGAUGAAAAAGAUUAUUGUAAAGAUAUAUUUGAUGUACAUGUGCGGAAAGGAGCUAGCCUUCUUAUUGACGAAGCACAAGUGAAACGACCGUACGAAGUCAAUCGUGAAGACCAGACUGAACUUGAUUUAGAAUUAUAUGUGUCAGACUCAGAUGAACUGCCAAAAUAUGUCACCGAUCCAGGAUGUCAUUAUUUAGGAACUCUAAAAGUCCAAGUCCCAAAACCCAAGAAAGGGAAAAAACACGGGGUUAAUGUACAGUUGAUAUUUGGCGGGACUGAACUCCGUGUUAAAGCAGAAAAUAUGUCUAAUGGGGACGUAACUAGUGCCGAAUUUAAUUUUCUUGGAGAAGAACCUUAGAAUGAUGCAAGUUCUGUUUUGUUUAUUUUAUUUGAAUAGAACAAUACUUUUAUGCUUCUUUAAGUAUGUACAUAUCUUCUUCAAAAAGUUUAUCGGAUUAGUGUUUAAUCAAAAUAUUGUAUAUUGUAUUUU